AUGUCCCAGCGGCACUCGGACCGCUCGUUGGAAGAGAAGCUCCUGGAGUACCGCUUCCACUCGGAGCUGCGGCUCGAUGCCAGCGGGAACCCGGCAUCUGGACUCCCAAUGGUCCGGGAGUCCCUGCCAGUCGGGGCCAAUGCCGCCUUCCGGCCUGAAGCCCCGGCACCCCCACAGCCACCACCCCCAGGGCGUGAGGCACUACGGCCCAUCAUCCUGAGCACGCAGAGCCCCGCUGCCCUUAAGAUGGGCACUGAGCAGCUGAUCCCCAGGAGCCUUGCCAUGACCAGCAAGGCAAAGACCCCUGCCCGUCACCAGAGCUUCGGGGCGGCCGUGCUCAGCAAGGAGGCUGCCCGGCGGGACCCCCAGCUCUUCUCAGCCCCCAGCUUCUCCCUGGAUGAUAUGGACAUGGACAUGGGCCCCGGGGGGAUGCUGAGGCGAAAUCUAAGAAACCAGUCCUACCGGGCAGCCAUGAAGGGCCUGGGGAUGCCCGGUGGCAACGGGAACUCUGUCCUGCUCAGCCCCAAGCUCCAGACCCUGGCUGAGGAGCCCAGCCAGCCUCCCACCCGGGGACCAGCCAGAAAUAAGAGGACACUGGGACGGAAGCAUGCACACAAGGGCUCCUUCAAGGACGACCCCCGGCUCUACCAGGAGAUCCGGGAGCGGGGCCUGAACACCAGCCAGGAGUCUGACGACGACGUGCUCGAUGAGCCCUCCAGCCCCGAGGGAGCCCAGAAGGUGGACACCACCAUCGUGGUCAAGAGCUACCGACCUGCCCCCGUCACCUGGAGCCAGCUCCCAGAGGUGAUGGAGUCAGGCAUCCUGGACAGGCUGUCCACUGAGGAGCGCAAGAGGCAGGAGGCCAUCUUCGAAAUCCUCACGUCCGAGUUUUCCUACCAGCACAGCCUGAGCAUCCUGGUGGCCGAGUUCCUGCAGUCCAGAGAGCUGCGGGCCACCAUGACGCAGACAGAGCACCACCACCUUUUCUCUAACAUCCUGGACGUCCUGGGCGCCAGUCAGAAGUUCUUCGAGGACCUGGAGCAGCGGCACAAGGCACAGGUGUGUGUGGAGGACAUCAGCGACAUCUUGGAGGAGCACGCUGAGAAGCACUUCCACCCCUACGUCGCCUACUGCUCCAACGAGGUCUACCAGCAGCGCACCCUGCAGAAGCUGACGAGCAGCAACGCAGCCUUCCGCGAGGUCCUGAGAGAGAUCGAGAAGCGGCCCGCAUGCGGGAGCUUGCCCAUGAUCUCCUUCCUCAUCCUCCCCAUGCAGAGGGUGACCCGGCUGCCCCUGCUGACGGAUACACUCUGCCUCAAGACCCAGGGCCACCCCGAGAGGUACAAGGCUGCCAGCCGCGCCCUGAAGGCCAUCAGUAAGCUGGUGCGGCAGUGCAAUGAUGGAGCCCACAGGAUGGAGCGCAUGGAGCAGCUGUACACACUGCACACGCAGCUGGACUUUGGAAAAGUCAAGUCCCUCCCGCUGAUCUCUGCCUCCCGCUGGCUGCUGAAGCGUGGGGAGCUCUUACUGGUGGAAGAAACUGGGCUUUUCCGGAAAAUUAGCAGCCGGCCGACAUGUUACUUGUUCCUGUUCAAUGACGUCCUGGUGGUCACCAAGAAGAAAAGCGAGGACAGCUACAUGGUGCAGGAUUAUGCCCAGAUGGACCACGUCCAGGCAGAGAAGCUGGAGCCCUCGGAGCUCCCACUGCCAGGAGGCGGCAACCGCAGCUCGUCCGUGCCCUACCCCUUCCAGGUGACCCUGCUGCACAACAGUGAGGGGCAUCAGGAGCAGAUCCUGCUCUCGACGGACUCCGCGAGUGACCGGGCCCGGUGGAUCACGGCGCUGACAUACAGGGAGAGGGAGGGGCAGGGCCCCACCAGCAAGGGAGACUUGCCCCAGGUGGAGAUCACCAAGGCCUACUUUGCCAAGCAGGCAGACGAGAUCACACUGCAGCAGGCAGACGUGGUCCUGGUCCUGCAGCAGGAGGACGGGUGGCUCUACGGCGAGAGGCUUCGGGACGGAGAGACAGGCUGGUUCCCCGAGGACUUCGCGCGCUGCAUCACCAGCCGUGUGGCUGUGGAGGGCAACGUGCGCAGGAUGGAGCGGCUGCGGGUGGAGACGGACGUGUAGCCCAUCAGCCGGGCACCACGAGAGGCAGCCUGAGGCAGGUGCAGCCUGAGGCCCCCGACCAGCAAGUGGCUGUGCCUGGCUCCAGCGAGUGUGGUUGUCCUUUGCCAAGAGACCCCGGCUGCAGCGCUGGGCUCUGGACA